ACAAGCAGUAUAGACCAUGAAAAGAUGCGCCUCCAUACCAAUCUGACCUCGCCUGAGAACAAAGUUCAUCACAUACAUGAUUAGCGACAGCAUUCGGUUGCCUUUCAUCUGCUUCAGAACCUACCACGUAUUUUUGGCCCCAUCACACCAGCUGCUCAGCCUCAGCCUCAUUCAACGACCUUCCAUUUCACUGCGCGUACAUCAUCACAUCAUCAUAUCAUAAUCAUGGCUCUAACAGAGAGUCCACAGGAGUCCAGUCAUUUCUGGCGAAGCAGCUCAGACACCUGGGGAAGCUAUGCAUGGGACACGGACCGCCGAUACUCCAUGGACGACGAAGAGGAGGUGCUCUACGAUCUUGAUGAAGCCGCCCUGGCACAACUCCCCCUACAUCUCCAGAACAACAUGCGCCAGCUACAGCUAGAACGGUUGCGCAAAUACCACCACCAACGUCCCAGUCCCCGGCUUACCCGGCCGGUCCAUCACAGCCCCUACGCGGAAACCUGGUUCAAGAACAUGAUGGCGCGACUGUCCGCAGAUCAGGAAAUGAGCGAAGUCCAUGGCCUACGGGAGUCACGGCACGAUUAUCCAGACGACGUCACUUGGAAUCUGAUUCAACGACAGUGGAGUGCAAACCGGCAACACGAUCUAACGACAAGGGAGCUCGAGUCGUGGCACUUGAACGAGGAUCUGUUUUCCAAUCAUGCGACAGUCGCUGAGAAUGAUACUCUCUACUCAAGUCGCAGCACACGCAUAUGUAGUCUGCACGAUCUGGGGGUUAAUGCCAUUGGAGUCCGUCUAUCGCAGACCAACACCCGUGAAAGCAAAGACCGGCAGCAGGUGGCCGGCAAGGUCUCAUCGCAGGUUCGCAAGCGAAGUUUGUCGCUCAUCACUCAUAUGCGAGCACAUAUGCGCUGUCGUGUGCGCAAAAGUAUUCAGAAGCUGAGCAAGCUUUUGAAGAAAUGAAUCACCGUCUUGAUGUUUGUUUGAUUACUAAAACGCUGGGUUGACGCUUUACAUGAAUGGGGGGGAUAUCCUGGGUUUGUUUCAUCGGAGUUUGGCAAGGUCGGAAAAAAGGGGGAUUUGAUUGACAAGCGUUCGACGAUCAUGUGGAAUCUGUAAAAUCCAAACUGUACAUACUACGUGCUGGGAAUGAGAAAGGAGCAUUCGAUGGCUGGCGAUAGGAGUUCUACUAGAUCAGGGGAAACUGCACUAGGCCCAAAAGAGCAUGGUGGCGGUGAGCUUCUUGUCCGCAAUCCC